AUGGUUGAUUCCAACACUAUUGGGGAGAUGAGAGAUGGUUAUUCUGGCUAAAUUCAAGAAGUUGCAGCAUAAUCGAUUGGCUAAGAUAAACUGCCGCUUUACAGCGAGAAUGAUCUUGUUGAAGAAUAUCUAGAUAUCAAAGAGGUGGAUCCUAUAUUCAGCACAUCUUACGAGAUGAUGAUAAAAGAGGCUUUCAGAGCUGAUAAGAAUUUCAUCUUGGCUAAGAUGAAAACGAGAAGUACCAAUUAAAAAGAGAUGAGCUUUAAUAGUCAUUCACAUUAUUUUAACUUACAUGGAAUAAUGAAGAUUCUAUUUAAGAAGAAAGGAGAUGAAAUAGUGGGUAGAUUUCAUGCUAAGUAUCCAUCCUCCUCUAAAAAUCCAUUGACUAAUCAGUAAAUCAUUGGAGAAGUAGAGUUUUAUCAGUUCAAGAACCCUUAUUUAGAUCUUCCUGCAGAGAAUAGAUAUCCAGUUGGCCAAACUUUAUCGUUAGAAGGAGUUAAGGGUGAGUUCAUCGGAACAGAUUUCAAUUAUCUUUACUCAGAAGAGUUGAGAAACUUAAUCACAGCAGAUUGUCUUGAAGCUAAUUUGCCCUUUCUCUAGUUCGAUUCCUAUUAGGAAAAUCAUCAUGACUGGGGAGUGUAUAUGGAUGGUAGGAACAGUAAUGACGCUUAAUUCUAAAAUGAUGUUUAAGAGAUAGUCCAAGCAUCUUUCAUACAUUCAAAUUAGUUCUAUCUUAACGGUGGAAUAGCUUGUGUUUACUUCUUAGCAGCUGUAUCUACUUUCCUCUCAGGAUUGUCCUCUUACUUCAAUAAAAAUGAAAGUACAUCUUUAUACUAUGAUCAUUGGACAAUCAUUUUGCCAAUGGCUGCAAUGGUAUAUGACUUUGAUCUUCGAAGAGUGUACAAGAGACAAGAGAAACUGCCUUACACAGCAUUGAAGGUAAUGAAGUGGGCAUUCUUCUACGCAAUCAUUGGUCUGGGUGAUAACUAGCCAAGUGCUUCUGUAUUUAAGCUUGCAAAUUUGCUAUUUAUGCUAUUUCCAGCUAUAGGUGUAGGAUAUUCUUUCAUGUUGCAAAGAUUUCAUCAGUUGAGUUAUUCAAUUAGUCCAGAAUCAAAUUAGUAUCAGAGAUUUGAGUAAAUUAUUAACUAGCGAUAGAUGCAAGUUGAGAACAGACAAAAUAAUUUCGAUGAGUAGAACUUUCAAGGGGAAGACUUUGUAAUGAUAGAGGUUGAUGCCUAAAUUCUUAAUCAGCAUAUAAACAAUCAUAAUUAAAGUGCUUAAAUAUAGCAAGUGGCUGCUGGAUAAGAUUAGUAAAUUCAAAAUAGUUAGAAUAAUAAUCAUAUACCAGCAAUAUAAGAAUACUAAGAUAAUGAGCUAGGACCCUAACUUUAAAAUAGCAGUCUAGAUGUUUAAUAGUUAAAUAAUUCAAGAGAUCAAUAAAUCGAGGGAUGGGAGGGAUCUUAAAGAUAAAACUAAGUAUAGAGUCUCCCACCGAUCAACAAUUCGAAUAGAUUAGUGUAUUGA